AUGGUUAAAAAAGCUAUUGCAGUUCUUCGACCUGAUCAACCAGAUGGCACUGUUAACGGUACAAUCAUUUUCACUCAAGAAGCUGAUGAAGUUAAGGUUGAUAUAGAUAUUAAAGGGCUUCCAGCCGGAAACAAAAAGCAUGGAUUUCAUAUUCAUGAAUUCGGUGAUAAUACUAACGGAUGUACCUCUGCUGGAGGCCAUUACAAUCCACAUAAUAAUAAUCAUGGUGCUAAAGAAGAUGAAAAACGUCAUGUAGGUGAUUUGGGUAAUGUUACUACCGUGGAUGGUUGUGUUAAAGAACAAAUCAUCGACAAACAAAUCAGUUUGGAUGGCGAGUGCUCGAUCAUCGGACGAACCGUUGUUGUGCAUGAAGACGAAGACGAUCUUGGGAAAGGUGGUCACCAACUUUCUCUUACUACUGGUAAUGCAGGUAAACGCCUUGCCUGUGGUGUUAUUGGUAUUACGAAAUGA